AUGGACGCUUCGACAGGCCGUUACAAAAACCCUCAGAUGGUGUUCCGUCCUCCCAACUGCCACAUCGAAGAUCCCAAUUCUGCGGCGCCUCGCCGCGUCGAUGCCAUAAGCUGGCGGGGAGACUAUGGGAUGGGACCUGGUCAAGGUCGAACUCAGAGGCACUACCAUUCGCUAAGCUCAGCAAGGGGCCCCGACUACCUGAUGAUGGCAUCGCCGGUUCUAGAGCGUCAGAUGGGCAGAGAGGCAGAUGUAAACACAACAGGCUUCUUUGCCUAUUGCUUGGACCGCGGAAACGGCAACUACACUCGGCUCAUACCUGCUGACUUGCUGCCGCCUUUGAUGGGUAUCCCGGCUGUUCAAGAUGGUACUCAUGGCAUGCUUGCUCUCCCUCCCCCUCAGGGACUGGACCCUCAAGACCCGGGUGCCAUUCCUGUUCAGCCUGUUGCUUUCAAGAGAAGAAUCGACCAUAUCGUAGCCUCCACCCCCACACCACCAAAGAAGCCGAAGAUCUACUGCGACAAGUGGGUUCACGAGGGUGUUUGUGCCUUCACGCAGCAAGGCUGCAAGUACAAGCAUGAGAUGCCACUGGACAGGGCAACGCAGAACUCUCUGGGUCUGUUUCAUGGAUUGCCAGCAUGGUGGAAGAAGCAGCAGGCCGAGCUUCAGCGGCAGCAGUCACAGGCAUUGCUGGAGCAGAACAAUGAUACUGAAGCGUUCUUCGAUGCUCGUCAGCAUCAAACACAACAGCAACAGCAAAGUGGCCUUGUCUCACCCAUUAAAGGUGAAAAGGGCCAUACUGGUCCAGCGAGAGCUGCACAGUCUUGGCGAAGGACCGAGGGUGUCCGACUUGAGUCUCAGGGGCAAAUGAGCUCCAUGCCAUUAUCCACAAGACAGACUGGAGGAUACAGACACUCUUCUGAGCAGCGGCCUGCGUACCAUCAGAAUAUUGAUUCUCCGGCCUCAUCCUGUGUCUGGGGACCGAUUGGUCCCCCUUCGAAGCAGACACUUGGUCAGGGCCAGAUAUAUCCUCAAAGUCCGGGCAACUUCAGCGCGGCUAACAACUUUGCGCUGCUGCGCACAUUAGAGGACAGUUUGGGCGAGAGGGACGAUGACGUCUCAUUUGAGUCUUACUAG